AUGGUGUACUUUCUCUACAGUCAUUCAGUUCGCUGUGGUCAAUCAACAGAAAUUCAUUGUUCUAAUGUAUGUGGAAAUACUUUAAACUGUGGAAAGCACAGCUGUACUCAAGUGUGCCACUCAGGAAAAUGUUCACCUUGCCAGUUAACAGUACAGCAAGUGUGUUACUGUGGAAGCAACUUUAGAGAAGUAUUGUGUGGAUCAAAGGAAGAAUUCUCUGACGGUUUUGGGAGUUUCUCAUGUCAGAAUAUAUGUGGCAAAAAAUUAAAUUGUGGGAGGCACAACUGUAAGCAAGUAUGCCAUCCUCAGCCUUGCCAGCUCUGUCCACGACUUCCACAAGUUGUGUAUCGUUGUCCCUGUGGUCAGACUCCUCUCAGCAAGUUACUGGAACUAGGAUGUGUUGAACGUAAAAUUUGCACAGAUCCUAUCCCAUCGUGUGGAAAAACAUGUGGCAAACCUCUUUCUUGUGGUAGCUAUGAGUUUGUUCAUACAUGUGAAAGCCUUUGCCAUGAAGGAGACUGUAGACCAUGUUCUCACACAUCAAAUAUUUUUUGUAGGUGUGGCUUCAAAAAAAAGGAAAUCCCAUGUGCUCUUCUCAGAAAUAAAGCUGCUAUUACAUUCAUGUGUGACAAGCGAUGCAACAAGAAGAGAUCAUGUGGACGACACAAGUGUAAUGAAGUUUGCUGUGUGGACACAGAACAUAAGUGCUCUUUGGUUUGUGGUCGUAAACUCAACUGUGGGAUUCAUAGAUGUGAAGAACCCUGCCAUCGUGGCAGUUGUCAAACAUGCUGGCAAACAAGUUUUGACGAGUUAACUUGUUAUUGUGGUGAAUCUGUGAUUUACCCCCCUGUUCCCUGUGGCACUCAGCCACCAGAGUGUAAAAAAACAUGCACCAGGCCACAUGACUGUGAUCAUCCAGUGUACCAUUCAUGUCAUAGUGAGGAGAAAUGUCCCCCCUGUACCUAUCUCACUCAGAAAUGGUGUAUGGGCAAGCAUGAACUGCGAAGUAAUAUUCCUUGUCAUCUCACUGACAUUUCCUGUGGACUUCGCUGCAAUCAAAUGUUAAAAUGUGGAAUGCACAAAUGUAAAAGAAUUUGUCAUAAAGGGGAAUGUCUUAUAGAUGAAGAAUGUAAACAGCCAUGUAUUAUUCCAAGGCUAUAUUGUAAUCAUCCAUGUAUGGCUCCCUGUCAUCCUUCUUCACACUGCCCGACAACAUCCUGCUGUGCAAAGGUUGAUCUUCAGUGUGAAUGUGGAAGAAGAAAGGAGAGUAUGAUAUGCUCCGAAGCAUCCAAUACAUAUCAAAGAAUAGCUGCUAUAUCUAUAGCAACUAAGCUAACAGAUCUGCAGCUUGGGGAUUCAGUGGAAAUCAGUAGGCUUAUUACAAAAAAAGAAAUGAAGCAAGCCAGGUUGCAAUGUGAUGAAGAAUGCUUAGCUAUUCAGAGGAACAGGCGCCUUGCUGAAGCUCUUGAAAUAGAUGAUAAUUCUGAUCCUUUUAAAAUCCGUUCUUCUGGACCAAAGUACAGUGACCUUUUAAAAGAAGAUGCAAGGAAGGAUAUAAAAUUUGUCAGUGACAUUGAGAAGGAAAUGAGAAUGCUUGUGGAAGCUGUGAAUAAGGGCAAGCACACAAAGAAGAGUCAUUGUUACCCACCAAUGAACAGAGAUCACCGCAGAAUCAUCCAUGAAUUAGCUCAGGUUUAUGGCAUUGAAAGUGUGAGCUAUGACAACGAACCAAAGCGCAAUGUUGUUAUCACUGCAGUGAAAGGGAAAUCCAUUUGUCCAAGCAAUACCUUAACUUCUGUGCUAGAUAAAGAAAUGCGGAGCAGGCCUGCACCUCCUCUUCUUCAUUACAAGCCAACAGAUAAGACUAAUGGAAACAGUGGUUUAUCCAAACCAUUAAAGGAAGAGCCAGUAAUUGACUACUUUGAUGUCCAGGACUGAAUUGAUUGAUGUAGAAUCAUUCAGAUGAAUAAGAAUCACAUAGAUUAUGAUACAGAAGGUUAGAGGUGAAAAUACUAAGUUAUUGUGUGAGGUGCUUUUUGGUUAUCUGCCAAAUGACCAGUUGUUCAACAUAUUCAUAAUUUAACAUCUAAAGUUAGCUAGAUAUGGUAGUUUAAAAAGUUAAGCAUUUCAACAGUUUAUGUAACUGCAUAAUACCUAAUAAUAGUAUGGGUUUGUUAAAUCUGGGUUUGGUGCAAUUUUGUAUCUAAUGUGCAGUCAGAAUAAUUUAGAUUUUCAUGGAUGACUUUGAAGCAAGAGAACUGGUGGUAAGCAGAUAUAUUUUUGGAAUAUUAAGAACAACAAUAAAUCUCAAACAUUUAUUUUGAUGUAUCACACACAACUUAAAAUGGACUAGAAAUAAUCUGUGAUAAAAACACUGGUUGGGAUAUUCUUAAAGUAUUUUAAUGUUUUAUUAAUUCACUUUUGUGUUAUUGUGGUAAAUUUGAGAAUUUGAGUUGCUCUUCUACAUGGAAAGAAAUACUAAAUUUAAGUAUAAAUAUAUACAUAAAUGCCUAUUAAGAACAGAUAAUUGCUUUGGAAUCUGAAGAACACAGUAUUUGGGGAAGGUGGGGAAUUAAAACUUACUCUAUCUCAAAUUUGAGGUGUUUAAAAAGAAAAACAAGCAAAAACAAAGAAAAAAACCCAAACCAAACAACAACAAAACCAACCCCACAACAUGAGAUUACUAAUACUACUACUUUUUUAUUCAAGACCUUGAACAAAAUCAGACUUCAUAUAUAAUUUUGGUGUUCUGUGCAUGGUUUUAUUGUGGUUUAUAUUUUUUUCUGUAGUGUGCAAGUAUAAGAUGAAUGUGUGAAUUUUGGUUUGUUAUUAAUUUGGAAUAAUACUUGUAAAAUUUAUAAUUCCAUCUGCCUAAGCUAUUUGGCAAUGGAAAAUCUUUGUUUUAUGGGAAAUGCCAUUAACAAAAUGGGAUGACAGUUUAAACACUGAAAGGCACCUGAGUGGUCUCAUAAUGGUGAAUUUUUUCCAGAUCUUGAUUUAAGAUAGGUGAGUAGCUCUCUGGGAGAGGAGAUUGUAGGUCUGAUCAGAAGAGGUGGUACAGCUCUGAAUUGGAGUCAUAUCUGUUCUCCUCGGGAAAUGUUUUUUUGUAUUAAUAGCUUUAGGAACUCUGACACUGAUGCACUCUGAUUCUUGUUCCUUGUGGCUGCUACGUGUAAUACUUGAGGUGAGUUCUCUAUACAGCAUAGGAGACUGAUGAUAAAUAGGGGCUCACUACGUUGUAGUGUGAGAUUUGUUGCCAAAAAAUUGAAGGCAUUUACUCAUGCUUAGAUUCACUUAGAGUUAUCAUAUGACCCUGUCACUUAACUAUGAAGCGUUCCGUGGCUACAUUUCAAUUGAACAGCUCAUAAAACAUGGAAAAACAAGUCGAAAACUCACAAGCCAUAUCUGCCCUUCUAAAUGUUUUAAAAAUAAAAUGCUUGCUAUUAUUGUA